AUGCAAGAUGCAAAAAGUGUCCAAAUUUCUCUUGGAGCUCACUUGAAGCUUUCACAUGAGCAAAGCCCACAAACUGAAGAAGAAAAGUUGAAGAUGGCAGAUGUUCCUUAUGCUAGUGCAUUGGGGAGUCUGAUGUACUUGAUGUUGUGUUCAAGACCAGACUUGGCUUUUACGGUAAGUCUUGUAAGCAAGUUUAUGAGCAAUCCAGGCAGGUCUCACUGGGUAGCUCUAAAGUGGAUUAUGAGAUAUUUGAAGGGAAUCAGAUCAGUAGGCAUCGUAUUUAAGAAAAAUCAAAGUUAUAACAACUAUGUUGAAGGUUUUGCAUAUGCAGACUAUGCAAGAGAUAUGGAGAAGAGGAAGUCAACCUUUGGUUUUGUAUUCACUCUAUGGGGAAAUACUGUUAGUUGGAAAUCCAAGCUACAACAUAUGGUUAUUCUAUCUUCAAUAGAAUCAGAGUAUGUGGCAUUGAUAGAGGCAGUAAAUGAAGCUACCUGGUUGAAAGAUCUUGCAAAUAAGUUGGGCAUUAAACAACAAACAAUGAUGAUCAAUAUUCAAUAG